UUAGUAUAACAUUUCAGUAUCAUAUUUUUAAUUGCCCGGUAAACUUAAACAAUAGUUCUCAACAUGCUCCAGUAUCUUGACGCCAUAAUAGCCGGAGUUGCCGGCACACUUAUCAUUUCGUACUGCUUGUACUUGGCCAAGAGGGCAGCACUACCACCACUUGAUGGUCACCGAAAGAAGCCACCCAUGGCCGCAGGUCAGUGGCCAUUGAUAGGUCAUCUUCACCUCCUAGGCGGUUCAGGCCAGCUACCAUACGAAAAACUUGGAGACUUAGCAGACUUGUACGGUCCCAUAUUCAGCAUCAGAAUCGGUGUUCACACUGCCGUGGUUGUGAGUUCUUGGGAGUUAGCGAAGGAGUGUUUCACAACCCUGGAUGCCAUCGUCUCCUCUCGUCCCAAGUUCACUGCCGCAAAGAUUCUCACAUAUGAUUAUGUCAAUUUUGCGUUCGCUCCUUACGGUGAAUUUUGGCGCGAGAUUCGCAAGAUAGUCGCUUCAGAGUUACUCUCCGCUCGCCGGUUCGACAUGCUUCGGGGUAUUAGGGAUUCAGAGGUGGAGGCAUCGGUGAAAGAGAUGUACAGAAAAUGCGUCGAUAAAAGUGAUGUGGUGGAGAUGAAGAGGUGGUUGGGGGAUUUGAACCUGAACGCGGUUCUGAGGAUGGUUGUGGGGAAGCGAUACACGGCGAGAAGCGAAGAUGAGUGGCGGGAAGUAGGGAGGAUCAGGAGGGUGUUCAGGGAGUUCUUUCGUCUGACGGGAGUGCACGUGAUAGGGGACGCCAUUCCUUUUCUUGGAUGGCUUGAUUUUGGUGGCCAAGUGAAGGAGAUGAAGAAGACUGCUAAGGAGAUGGACGAGAUCAUUUGUGAGUGGUUGAAAGAUCAUCGGAGAAGAAGAGAGUGCGGUGAUGAUGAUCAGAGUGACGCCCAAACAGAACAAGACUUCAUUGACGUCUUGCUUUCUGUCCUUCAUAAUGGCGCUGAUCUUGAUGGUUAUGAUCUUGACACUGUCAUCAAAGCCACCUCUUUGAUGAUAAUUUCAGGGGCAACGGAUACAACAGCAGUUACAAUGAUAUGGACACUUUCGUUGCUAAUAAAUCAUCAGCACGCUUUGAAGAAAGUUCGGGACGAACUAGAUGAACAAGUAGGCAAGGAGAGACUAGUGAAGGAAUCAGAUAUUAACAAGCUAACAUACCUUCAAGCUGUGGUAAAAGAAUCAAUGCGAUUGUACCCAGCUGGGCCACUCUCAGGACCUCGAGAAUUCACAGAAGAUUGUACCUUGGGAGGUUAUCAUAUCAAAGCAGGUACACGAAUGUUCUUGAACAUUUGGAAGCUUCACAGAGACCCUCGUGUAUGGUUAGAUCCAUUGGAAUUCAAGCCAGAAAGGUUUCUAACCACACACAAGGAUCUGGAUGUGAAGGGUCAGCAUUUCGAGCUUCUUCCCUUUGGCGGUGGAAGAAGGUCGUGUCCUGGGAUAACGUUUGGGGUUCAGAUGACGCAUUUGGCAUUGGCUGCAUUCUUGCAUGCAUUUGAGGUAACUACACCCUUUGAUGCUCCCGUCGAUAUGAGUGCCUCGUUUGGACUCACAAUGAUGAAAGCCACACCAUUCGAGCUUUUGCUCAAACCUCGUCUAUCUCCUUCUAUUUAUCAUUGAAUACACUACCCUCUUCCAUUUGUAUAUUGGUUGUGUCGUACAGACCUGGUUCGUGUGUUAGGAAAUUAUAGUUGAUGUACCAUUUUAUUUUA